AUGUCCUCCGUAUCAAAGCAAAAGCGCCUGGCAAAGAAAGCAGCAAAAAAUGCCGCUGGUUCUACAACACCUACAAAAUCGACUGCUUCUCCAGCUGUUGCUACUAGCAAUGGUAACACUAAAAACGGCAAGGCUAGUAAUAGUAAUGGAAACGUCACGCCGUUAUCAAACUCUUCAGCGAGGUCAUCUGUGGAAAAUUUGAGUACAACGUUAGAUGCCUUAAAGUUGUCGAGUGAACGCACAGCCACUGGUGUGCUCGGUACGCAGCUUAGAUCGCGCGAUAUCAAGAUUGAGCAAUAUGGUCUUGUUGGUGCUAAUGGAUCGGGGAAGAGUACAUUUUUGCAAUCAUUGGCGGCGAGAGAAGUUCCAAUUCCCGAGCAUAUUGAUAUAUACCUGUUAAAUCAAGAAGCGGAACCCACCGAUCUAAAUGCCACGGAAUAUGUAAUUCAGGCUGCGAGGGAUGAGGUCGUCCGUCUUGAAAAAGAGGUAGAAGAUUUGCUUGCGGAAGAAGAUGGCGCUGAUGAUCCACGUCUGGAAGAUUUGUAUGAUCGUAUUUCAGCUUUAGACGAGUCAACUUUUGAAUCACGUGCGAGCACGUUGCUUUAUGGUUUAGGAUUCGCAAAAGAUAUGAUGCGCAAAAAGACGAAAGAUAUGUCUGGUGGAUGGAGAAUGAGAGUCGCGUUAGCGAAGGCUUUGUUCAUCAGACCUACCUUACUGUUGUUGGAUGAACCAACAAAUCAUUUGGAUUUGGAAGCUUGUGUGUGGCUUGAAGAAUAUCUGAAAAAUUACAAUCGUAUUCUUGUUCUAGUUUCACAUUCGCAAGAUUUCCUUAAUGGAGUAUGCACAAACAUUAUAAAUCUUAAUCAUCAUAAAAAAUUAGUUUAUUAUGGUGGUAAUUAUGAUGUGUAUGUUCGUACCCGUGCUGAACAGGAAACAAAUCAAAUGAAAGCAUAUUAUAAACAACAGGAAGAAAUUGCUCACAUCAAGAAAUUCAUCGCGUCAGCUGGUACCUAUGCCAAUUUGGUCAGGCAAGCCAAAAGUAAACAAAAAAUUAUUGAUAAGAUGGAAGCGGCCGGUUUGGUCGAAAAGGUUGAUCCACCCGCUCUUUUCAAAUUCAAAUUUGAAAACGUCGAGAAAUUGCCACCUCCCGUGUUGCAAUUUGAUCAAGUAUCUUUUUCCUAUGAUAAAAACUCUAAAAAUCUUUUAUAUGAAGAUUUGGAUCUUGCAAUUGACAUGGAUUCUCGUAUAGCUCUCGUUGGGCCUAAUGGUGUAGGAAAAAGUACCUUGCUCAAAUUGAUGAUGGGAGAAUUACAACCUAACUUGGGAAGAAUAGCUAGACAUACUAAUUUAAAAUUGGCAAAAUAUAAUCAGCAUAGUGCCGAUCAACUUGAAAUGGAUUUAAGUCCAAUUCAGUACAUGAGAAAGAAAUUUGCUCAUCUCAAUGCCGAUGUAGACUUUUGGAGAAGUCAAAUUGGUCGAUAUGGGCUUACUGGAGCUCAUCAAACCUCACCAAUUGGUACACUCAGUGACGGCCUAAAAACUCGGUUAGUAUUCGCUGAGAUUGUAUUAAUGACACCCGAUAUCAUUCUAAUGGACGAACCGACAAAUCAUUUGGAUAUGGAAAGUAUUGAUUCCCUAGCCAAAGCCAUCAAAGAAUUUACUGGUGGUGUUGUGCUAGUAUCCCACGACUUUCGAUUAAUAUCACAAGUCGCUGAACAGAUCUGGUUAUGUAAGGACAAAACGGUCACACCUUGGAAUAGUUCUAUCGAGGCUUACAAGAAACAUCUAGCAAAGAGCGAUGGAGAUUCUUUAAUGAUCCUUUUCUACCUUAUCUAUGCAUUUUGUAAAUUUGAUGAAAAGAAAAGGUUAUUUCGUGAUUAUAAUCCAAUUUCAUCAUUUGAUCAUUUGGGUAACAAAGAAAAGAGUAGAGAGAGGAACGCGAUUUUGUUGUAUUUAUGGCAAAAUACAAAGUGUGUGGUGAUUGGUCGGAAUCAGAAUCCAUGGAGUGAAUGUAAUAUGAGAUUAUUGCGUGCUGAUGGGAUACCGCUUGUAAGGCGAAAGAGUGGUGGUGGUGCGGUUUAUCAUGAUCAUGGCAAUACAAACUACACCGUAAUAAUGCCACGUGCACGAUUUACACGUCGUGAGAAUGCCAAAAUUGUAGCCAAGGCCAUACGUGAUGGAUUUGGGAUUCGGGAGGCAUAUGUUAAUGAGCGACAUGAUAUUGUUGUUAACGGGUUAAAGAUAUCCUUAUACUUGCAUAAUUUCAUUGGAUUCUAUUAA